CCCUGCUCUCCUCGCCUCCCUCUGUUCUCCCUCUCUUCUUUCUCUUUUACCUCUUUUUCGCCCCUGCAAAACCUUUUAAAAUGUUGGCCCUUCCCUGUGAUUCGCCAGACGCUGCGCUGCGGCCCCCCGCGCGCUCGCCCGCUCCCUCUCUCGCCCGCUUUUUGUCUCUGGCGCUCCCGCUCCCCACCUCCGAUUUGCUACACUGAGGCUCCCGUCAAUGGACUGCAUUGAGAGCCGGCUCCAGCGCGAGUUGCCUCUCCGCUUCACGCUCGAUUUCCAGGCAUUCUUCCCUUAUUAAGUAUUCGUGUAAUAUUAAUAGUCAUGAAUAUCUGCUAUUAGGAGGCUCCAGGAACGCUGCCCAGCGCGGUUAUUAGAAGCUCAAGCGAAGCCGCCGCUAAGAAAAGAGGGAGACACGGAUUAAGGAACACAGGCGCGCGCGCACACACAGACACACACACUUUUUCUUUUUGGGGGCUUUUCAUUUUCUAAGGAACUUUGAAUCAAAACCGAUUACGGCAGGAUAGAGACCGUGGGUUCGACCAGCUGAAGGCGCCGCUAGAAUCCGUGGUUCAAGUUCGGAUGGACCAGAGCGGGGCUACAGCGCUCGGGGGAGCGUCGGCGCGGUGACUGGAGUCCAGGGUGGCUCGGGGCUCCCGGCCCCUUUUGUGUGGGGCGUACUCGGGCGGAGGGGCAGCCGGUCUCUCCGGGCUUGCUUUUUUUUUUUUUUUUUUUCCACCCUGACUCGUUACCCCAGACUCUUCGCAGAUGUUAGUUCACAGUUUUUCAGCUAUGGACCGUCACGACGGCACCAGCAACGGGACGGCACGGUUGCCCCAGCUGGGCACUCCUGAACCCCCUGCACGCCCAGCCGCAGCCGCAGCACCCGGGCUGGCCCGGCCAGAGGCAGAGCCAGGAGUCAGGGCUCCUGCACACGCACCGGGGGCUGCCCCACCAGCUGCCGGGCCUGGAUCCUCGCAGGGACUACCGACGGCACGAGGACCUCCUGCACGGCCCGCACGGGCUUGGCUCGGGACUCGGAGACCUCCCGAUCCACUCCUUACCUCACGCCAUCGAGGACGUCCCGGUAAGAGGCCGCGCGGACGGUGCGAGAGGCAGUGCAGCGCCUACUCACCCACUCCCAGAGAAGAUGCCGGGGACACACAGCCGCAUGUAGAAGACCCGGGUAUUAACAUCCCAGAUCAAACUGUAAUUAAGAAAGGCCCCGUGUCCCUGUCCAAGUCCAACAGCAACGCCGUCUCCGCCAUACCCAUUAAUAAGGACAACCUCUUCGGUGGCGUCGUGAACCCCAACGAAGUCUUCUGUUCAGUUCCGGGUCGCCUCUCGCUCCUCAGCUCCACCUCGAAGUACAAGGUCACGGUGGCGGAAGUACAGCGGCGCCUCUCACCGCCCGAGUGUCUCAACGCUUCGCUGCUGGGCGGAGUGCUGCGGAGGGCGAAGUCUAAAAAUGGAGGAAGAUCUUUAAGAGAAAAACUGGACAAAAUAGGAUUAAAUCUGCCAGCAGGGAGACGUAAAGCUGCCAAUGUCACCCUGCUCACAUCACUAGUGGAGGGAGAAGCCGUCCAUCUAGCCAGGGACUUUGGAUACGUGUGUGAAACUGAAUUUCCUGCCAAAGCAGUAGCUGAAUUUCUCAACCGACAACAUUCCGAUCCCAAUGAGCAAGUGACAAGAAAAAACAUGCUUCUGGCUACAAAACAGAUAUGCAAGAGUUCACCGACCUGCUGGCUCAGGACCGAUCCCCUCUGGGGAACUCCCGGCCCAAUCCCAUCCUGGAGCCUGGCAUCCAGAGCUGCUUGACCCACUUCAACCUCAUCUCCCACGGCUUCGGCAGCCCAGCUGUAUGCGCAGCAGUCACGGCCCUGCAGAACUAUCUCACCGAGGCCCUCAAGGCCAUGGACAAAAUGUACCUCAGCAACAACCCCAACAGCCACACGGACAACAGCGCCAAAAGCAGUGACAAAGAGGAGAAACACAGAAAGUGAGGCUCUCCUCCUGCUCUGCCCCCUUCCUUGGCUCACCAGCCCCCUUCCUUCCCCAAGAGCUCACCCACUCAGUCUUCCCCCACCAACCACCACCAGCAGGUGACAGCUCCGGGAUCAGCAACCCCCCACUGCUGCUGCUGCUGCUGCUGCUGCCACCGCUGCUGCCGCCCGCCUUCAGUCCUCUAGUCAUCCAGUCUGGGAGUCUGGGGAUGGCUCUCCACUGUCAGUGGGGCAGCUCCUGCUGACUCAGGCCCCUGCCUCAACUUCCCCCAUCAGAACCAACUCCUUUGCCCUCCUGUGGAGCCUAAGAGAACAGAACAGACUGGCUAUGAAGCCAGCAAAGAAAAGUUCUGUCUGGAUUUGUGAACUUUUUAAAAAUUUAAAAAAAAAACAACAACCACAAAUCAACAACAGCAACAAAAAAAAUUAAAACUUUUUUCUAAAAAAAAGAAAGUAAAAUUAAAAAAAAAUUAUAUGAGCUUCAUGGGACUGAAUCACCACCUUCCCUUACAUACUUCAGUUCAGAUUGUAGCCAUACUUAAAAAGGCAAAAGGAUAAUGACAUUUUUAUCAGUAUUGUGAAUAAACUUGAACACAAAUACGAAGUUCCAUGUCAUGUCUCAGUUGUAGAAGUUUUUCCUCUUGAAGGUAAAGCAACCAACUUGAACUUUCUCUGGCAACACGAUUCAGUUAUAUAAGGGAAUCAGUGUUCAUGUCUAUGUAUAUAUUUAUUUAUGUGUAAUUUAAUGGGAAGUGUAAAUAUGGUGCAUCUGUUUUAAGCCUUUUUUUUUUUAAUUUAUCUGGUGAUCUUGUUUACCUCUUGUUUAGUGGGUUUUGAAUCUUCCCCAUUAGUUCUUCAUGUGAUUCAUGAUACUUAUUUAGAAAUUCAAGGUUUGGGGGAUUCUUUUUUUCCUCUGGGAUUCAUGAAUUUAGCAUGUUAAGAUGACAAUGAAACAGCUAAACAAAUAAAAAAACAAAGUAAAAUUUUAUAUACAAUUAGAAUUACUUUAGCUUCUCAUUGAACUGAAAGAAAAUUUGAUAUUCGACCCUGGAAAGAUUUUUAAACUUGAGUGGUUUCAUAACCCUUUAAUGUAUUGUGAGGAGGAGGAAAAAGUUAAUUUUAUUCCACUCUCCUCCCUUAAAAGCAUCAUUUGAGCAAUAAAUGAGUAUUGUCUUUAAACCAAGGGUUAGGGAUUUUUCCUCUCUUUCUUUUUGUUCAAAGAACUUCAAACAUUUGGGACCACCUGGUAUUCUGUAUUUUCACUGGCCAUUUUGGAAGCAGUCCUGGUUGUAUUGUAUUGAGUUGUGCUGGCAGUAGUUUCCAUGCCUGUCAAUGUAUCAUAGUCCUUUGUUGCCCAGAUAAAUAAAUAUUUGAUACGCUUUA